AUGGCAAUGCGCCUACCGGGAGGUAUUAGCAAUGAAGAGGCCUUUUGGGAUGUACUCGUCAAUGGGAAGGACACCAGAGGUCCUAUUCCGCCCGAUCGUUACAAUACCCAAGGAUUCACGGAUAAGAGAGGGAAAUUGGGAGCCAUUAAAUCCCAGUCAGGAUAUUUCCUCGACCAAGACUUGACGAAACUCGACACAUCCUUUUUCACGCUCAGCAAGACGGAGCUGGAACGAGCCGAUCCGCAGCAGAGGCAAUUACUCGAAGUCACUCGCGAAGUGUUUGAGAGUGCCGGUGAGGUUGGAUACCGAGGCAAAUCGAUUGGGUGCUACGUAGGCACGUUUGGCGAGGAUUGGCUUCAUAUGAGUUCGAAAGAGACACAGCAUUCGGGGAAUUAUAUUAUAACGGGGCAUUGUGAUCUCAUGCUGGCUAACCGGCUGUCUUAUGAGUAUGACCUGAAAGGACCAAGUAUAGUGAUCAAAACUGGCUGCUCCGCCUCACUGAUAGCCCUUCACGAAGCAUGUCGAGCACUGAACUUUGGGGAUUGUUCUGGCGCCAUUGUUGCUGGAAGUAAUCUGAUUAUGGGCCCAGCAAUGACCGCAGGCAUGUCCCAGGAGGGUGUCCUGUCACCUGAAGGAUCCUGUAAGACCUUUGAUGCGGCUGCGGAUGGAUACGCCCGUGGUGAGGCCGUCACUGCCGUUUAUCUUAAGCCACUUGAUGAUGCAAUUCGAGACAGGAACCCCAUUAGAGCCAUAAUUCGCAAUACAGCUAGCAACAGUGAUGGCAGGAGCCAGGGUCUCAUGACACCCAACGGUGAGAGCCAUGCAGCUUUAAUGCGUAAGAUAUAUGCCGAUACUGGCUUGGAUCCUGCCUUGACGGGCUUCGUCGAGUGUCAUGGCACUGGUACUGCCACCGGGGAUCCUAUUGAGACAAAUGCCGUGGGAGACAUUUUCGGGCCUGCUGGCGUCUACAUUGGAUCUGUGAAGCCGAAUGUAGGACAUUCGGAAGGUGCUUCGGGCAUCACAAGCCUGAUCAAAGCGACUCUCGCCCUAGAACACGAGACGAUUCCCCCGAAUAUCAAGUUCCAUACACCCAACCCCCGAAUUCCCUUUGUUGAAAAGAACCUCAUAGUACCAGUCAAGGCAACCUCAUGGCCAAAGAGUCGAGCGAAGCGAAUCAGUAUCAACUCUUUUGGAAUUGGAGGCUCAAAUGCACAUGUUAUUCUAGAAGCCUAUUCAGAGUCACAUGCUCCACCACCACGCUCUCAAAAGGGCAACCAUCGGCAUUCAGAGGUUGCAUUAAUCUCUGCCAACACGCAGGAUUCAGCUAAGACCUUGGCCAGUAACAUUCAGAAAUAUGCAACCGAGCACCCCCUGGACAUUUCGAGCAUAGUAUACACACUGGCCCUACACCGGGAACACCUCCCAUACCGUUCCUUUCUUAUCUUGGACUGCGCGUCCAGUAAUGAGAUACCAGCAGUUACCAAAGCGCCUUCCAGUCCAUUGAAUGUAGCAAUGGUAUUCAGUGGACAGGGGGCACAAUGGCCGGAAAUGGGACGCGAGAUCAUACAGAAUGAUGCACAGUUUGCACAGGAUAUCCAUGAGAUGGAUGACAUUCUUCAGUCUAUUGAGUAUCCGCCUGCGUGGACAAUAUUCACUGAGCUCCAGAGGCCUGCCACGAUGAGUCAAGUACACAAAGCUGAGUUCGCCCAGCCGCUGUGCACAGCGAUCCAGAUCGCCAUAGUCAAUCGGUUGCGUCGUGUUGGUAUUGUUCCCACCGCAGUCGUCGGCCAUUCAAGCGGCGAAAUUGCUGCUGCAUAUGCCACUGGCGCUCUCUCUGUGACAGAGGCCAUCCUAUCGGCCUACUACCGUGGCCACGUGACAACACAGCAGAGAUUGGUGGGAGGUAUGGCAGCUGUUGGCUUGGGCUGCGCAGAGGCAUCGCAGUAUUUGGUUGAUGGAGUCGUGAUUGCCUGUGAUAAUAGCCCUAAUAGUGUGACCCUGUCCGGUGAUGAAGAGAUUCUCUGUGCCGUGUUGCAGACCAUUCAAAGCGACAAGCCCGAUGUUCUCGCACGGCAGUUGAAGGUUGAUAUAGCAUACCAUUCUCAUCACAUGAAGGCAUUGGGACAGGUUUAUUUCAGAUUACUCGUCCGGGAACUAAGCAGGCAACAUGCCACCCGCCAACAUACCAGUAUUCCACUCUUUUCAUCUGUAACUGGCAAAGUGAUUCAGGAUGGCGAGCAGCUUGGCCCGGCAUAUUGGGAAAGUAAUCUCACAUCCCGAGUGCAGUUCAACACUGCUGUACAGGCACUCCUGAAAGAGCAGCCGAGAACCCUUCUCUUGGAAAUCGGUCCUCAUUCAGCUCUGGCUGGACCCCUUCGCCAGAUAUGCUCGGCCAAAGGCGUCGAUUACAAGUAUGUUCCAACCAUGCGGCGAGGCGAGAAUUGCGAGAAAAGUGCCCUGGCUGCUAUCGGGCAAUUGUACCAAAACGGAGUGUCGAUCGACUAUGGCAGACUGUAUUCUGUCGGGGAGGUUCUGACAACUCUUCCCACCUAUCCGUGGCAGCAUGAUGAAUCAUUUUGGUAUGAAUCCCGAGUGUCCAAAGCAUGGAGAAUGCGCAACGUCGGGCAUCAUAGUCUUCUCGGCCUGCGUGUGCCCGAGAGUUCUAGUCAUGACCCAAUCUGGAGAAACAUUCUAUCUCUAGAGGACCAACCCUGGAUUGCAGAUCACAAGGUCGUAGAUGAUGUUGUCUUUCCUUUUGCUGGGUACAUUGCCAUGGCCGGCGAAGCUGUGAGACAGGCCACUGGUGUUGAUGGUGGUUUUCGAAUACGCCAUGCCAUUGCGCGAGCUGCCAUGGUACUGACAGAUGGCAAAUCCGUGGAAGUGUUGAGCAGUCUCAGGAAGCUGAAAAUUAGUGACUCCGGGGAGUCAUCAUGGUUUGAGUUUACAAUCUGUUCAAUCAGCGGGAAUACUUGGAUCAAGCACUGUGAAGGCCAAGUCAAGGCGUGUGUGGAGGAGCAGCCUCCAUCAUAUUGUCCGCAGAAGAGCGAGCUGCAGCGCCAGAUCAACCCAAUCAGAUGGUAUCAAGCAAUUUCCGAUAUUGGAAUCACUUAUGGCCCUGAAUUUCAGGGGCUUUCGGGCAUUUCGUGCUCCACGGCGAAUAACAUCGCGGCAGCGACGGUAUCAAAUCCUCAUUGCGAGAGCCCCGAGUAUCUCUUGCACCCCGGGUCGAUCGAUGCUUGUUUGCAAUUACUUGUCAUUGCGCUAUGCAAAGGAAUUGGUCGCAAAUUUGGUGGUCUUAAGGUUCCCACCGUAAUCGAAGAUCUGGUCAUCUUCCCCAGUUCCAGAGAGAUGGAGGCUAUCGCAUGGAGCCACGGUGAUGGAGGCAUGUCAGUCGAUUGCAAUGCGGAUGGCAAAUUAGCUCUUCGUCUUCGUGGAUUGAAAUUCACUCCCAUGGAUAACAGUCGCCAGCAAUCAUCCAACGAUGUGCAUGCUGCUUCGCGUCUCGAGUGGUGUCCAGACUUUGACUUCGUCGACCACAACACACUCUUCACCCCUCCCCGAUCGAAUCAAGAGGAGACCAGAAUGCAAGAGGAAAUGACUCUGCUAUGUAUUCUGGAAUCGGUCGAGAUAGUCAAGGGGCUGACUCCUUGUCAGCCGCAUUUUGCCAAAUUCCAAGAGUGGCUGGGCAUGGAAGCUCAGCGCGCAGUUAAUGGCACCUACCCUAUAUUGGAGCGCUCUGCAACAGACCUAGUCCGAAUGUCAUCUGCAGAGCGCAUCCAGAUGAUUGAGGAGCUGUAUCAGCAGCUUCUGAGCAUACCCGACAAGCGCUAUGGGGUCAUUGGGAUCAAACGCAUUUUUGACCAUUGCGCGAGCGUCUUCACGGGAGAAAGAGAUACUCUGGACAUCUUGAUGCAAGAUGACGUCCUGGCACACAUCUACGAUUCGAUAGGUUUUGGACAAACUGAACUCUUCCACCUGCUGUGUCAUUCCAGACCGACCCUGCGUAUUUUGGAGGUUGGUGCUGGAACCGGGGGCACCACCGAGAUGAUUCUACGCGAGCUCGUUCGCCCAGGAGAUAAUCAAUACUCCAACUACGAGAUGUAUACCUUCACCGAUAUCUCCGCUGGUUUCUUCCCCCAGGCUAAGGAGCGAUUUGCCUAUGCUCCCAACAUAGACUAUCAAGUAUUCGACAUUACUAUAUCGCCCUUUGAUCAGGGAUUCAAGCCCAACUCUUACGAUGUCAUUUUGGCAUCGAAUGUGAUUCAUGCCACUCCCUCGUUGAAAGCGACUCUCGGGAAUCUGCAACCAUUGCUUCGCCCAGGUGGUCAUCUGGUAAUGACGGAACUGUGUGGAGUGGCUCGUAUGCCGAACUAUCUCUUUGGCAACUUCUCCGGAUGGUGGCUGGGAGAGGCGGAUGGCAGACCAUAUGAGCCAUACAUCUCUGUAGAUCGCUGGAAUGAUGAACUCAAGCAAGCUGGAAUGAAUGGCGUCGAAACAGCGGUCCGUGACGCCGAAGAACCCUAUCACUCCUGCGCGGUAAUUGUGUCUCAGAAGCCACUUGCAAAGAAAACGUCGAUCAAGAACCGGAAUCUGACGAUUCUUUGUGAAAAUCCAGCACAGGGCAUUGCUCAAACGUUCAUUCACGACCUCCAGGCUGCUGGAAUUACGGUUUCCAUCUGUCAUCUGGGUGAGCUGCCAGUGCAAGACCAAGACAUUAUUUCUCUUCUCGAUCUAGAAGGUUACUUCUUCGAGACCAUCACUCCAGAGAGGCUGGGAAAUUUCCAGAAUAUUUUGAGUCGCUUGAAUACCCAGUUCCCUAUCAUUUGGCUCUUGCGACCAACACAGGUGAAAUGUAACGACCCUCGCUCUGCGCACGCGAUUGGAGUUGCGAGGUCCAUCAGAGCUGAGUCUUCGAUUCAGUUCUACACGGUCGAAAUUGACGUGAAUGAGACACAUUUUUCAUCCCUCGUUCAGCGUAUCUGGGAAAAGAUCAUCAACACCGAGGAUAAUGAGAUUCUGAGCCCUGAAAAGGAAUACAUCGUGGAUGAUGGGGUUGUCAAGGUCGGCCGAUAUCAUCCAUUCUCGUUAGAAGAGGAACUUGGGCAACAGAACCGGGUGAUCAAUGAAGCAGGAGCUCUAGAAGACGUCUACAGCCUGUAUAUCAGUACCCUUGGAUCAAUCGAUUCACUCCAGUGGAUGAGCGAGCGUAACCGCUUAUUUAUAAGCGAUGAAGAUGUGGUCAUUGAUGUUCGAGCAAUUGGGUUGAAUUUCAAAGACAUUCUCCAUGCAAUGGGUGUUCUCAAAGCUCCACAAAACACUAGCCUCCUGGGUCUUGAAGUCUCAGGCAUUGUCCGUCAGGUUGGUCGGAAUGUACACAACGUCUCUAUUGGAGAACGUGUGGUGGCGAUGUCUCCUUCUGCUUGUGCAAAGUCACUAGUGACCGUUCCUUCUGCUCUUGUUGUGUCAAUCCCUGAUCACCUGGGCUUUGUGGAUGCUGCGGCAAUGCCAAUCUGCUUCUCGACUGCUAUCGAAUCACUGAUUAAUAUUGGACGGUUAGAGGAAGGACAGUCCGCUCUUAUACACUCGGCAACCGGCGGAGUUGGACAUGCCGCCAUUCAAAUAUGCCAAAUGAUUGGAGCUGAGAUAUAUGCAACCGUUGGAAAUGUCAAAAAAGCCAGAUAUUUGACCGAGACAUUUGGCAUCCCCCAAAGCCGCAUUUUUAAUUCUCGGAACGACAGCUUCGUCACUGGUCUGAUGCAUGAGACUCAGGGCCGCGGGGUUGAUAUUGUCCUCAACUCACUUUCCGGCGAGCUUCUUCAUGCAUCGUGGGACUGUGUGGCUGAAUUUGGUAAACUGAUCGAGAUUGGAAAGAAAGACGGUGCAGACUUUGGCAAACUGCCAAUGCAUAACUUUCUGCUGAAUCGAUCAUACUGCUGUGUGGAUAUUGCACAUCUUACCCAGCAGCGAUAUAAAUAUUCGGGACGCCUACUAAAACAAAUUAUGCAACUGUAUUCCUCUGGGGAAAUUAGGGCUCUUAGCCCGAUUACUACUUUCGAUGCUUCUCAGGUCAAGGAUGCUUUCCGCCAUGUCCAAAACGUUGAUCAUAUUGGAAAGGCAGUGAUCGAGGUGCCUGAAGAUUUUUCUCAUGUUUCAAGCACCCCUCGGCCUCAGCCACUCCAGCUGGACAGUGAGGCAUCCUACCUACUUACCGGAGGCUUGGGGGGUCUCGGAAGAGUAAUGUCCACUUGGUUGGUUGAGCGAGGUGCAAGAUCGUUGGUGUUUUUGUCUCGCAGUGCAGGAUCUUCCGAGAAGCAGCAAUUUUUGCGAGAACUGACAAGCUGUGGCUGUUCAGUCACUAUCAUUCCAGGAAGGGCAGAGUCCAAAGAAGAUAUUGAGGUGGCCGUUACAAAGGCACCCCGACCAAUCAAGGGGGUGAUUCACCUGGCAAUGGUUCUGCAGGACUCACCUUUUGCAAGUAUGUCAUCCUCUGACUGGGCUGCAACAAAUGCCCCCAAAGUGAAUGGAGCCUGGAACAUGCACGAAAUCUUCCCGGAUCGAGACUCGCUCGACUUCCUUGUUCUUGCCAGCUCUAUAGUAACAGUCGUCGAGCAACCUGGCCAAGGUAACUACAGUGCGGCAAAUACAUAUCUGGAGGCAUUCUGUCAAUAUCGUCGGUCGCGCUCCCUUCCUGCAUCAGUCCUCAACAUCUGUCCCAUAGACGGCGUUGGAAACGUUGCCGAGAACAACUCCGCGAGAAAAAGCUUGAAGGCACAAGGGCUAUACUUCCUAGGAGAAAAAGAGCUCCUGGACUUCCUGGAGCUUUCAAUUUUCAUAUCCAAACCAUCGCAUCCCACUCCCGGUGAAGAGCCCGCGCGCAAGGGAUGGAGAAAUCCAGGCCAGAUCGUGAUGGGUCUACGUGCUAAAGGUGACCUGAACGAUCCCAACACACGCACAAACUGGCGUCGUGAUCGCCGCAUGGGAUUCUACCACAACAUCAACCAGAAGCCGGAGGGAUAUGAGCGCGGUGGCUCUAGCGAGCUGUCAAAAUUCCUAUCUGGUGUAGCGGAUGACCCUGCCGUCCUGGCCCGUCCCCAGAGCGCCGAGUUCCUAGCCACAGAGAUUGGGAAGAAGAUCUGUAGCUUUAUGCUCAAGUCCGAUGAUGAUUUGGACAUCAAUUUGACGUUGGCACAGAUGGGUCUCGACUCUCUCAUGGCAAUUGAGCUGCGACGGUGGUGGAAGAUGGCGUUUGGUCUGCAGAUCAGUGUCUUGGAAUUAAUGGCGACGGGUACAGUGAUGGCGUUGGGUGCAUUGGCUGCUUCACAGUUGAAGAACAAAUUCAUAGAAGUAUAA